AUGAAGUCCGUCAACGACGCAGAAAUACCCCAAGGGUCAUAUAUCAGUUUGAGUGGUCUCGCGAAGAUUGUGGGUCUGUUGGAUCGUCUGGUAAAGAAGGAAGAUCAAACAGCUACUGUGCCGCUAUUGGCUGACAUACCUCCUUAUGUGGAUAACUGUAAGAUUGUAGUCUGCAAUGAACGUGGAGGAAAUACUGUACAGACAUUCGGAAAUACAGCUAACAAGUCAGUUGUAGGUCUUAGUUUUCUGUUGCUUCAUCUUGGAGUAGAUGCCUCUUCGCCUCUCAGCUUUGGAGGAGAGCUUCUAGAUGAUGGUGUGCUACUUUUCUUCUCUAAGAGCCACACGCAAAAGCUCCGCGAAAGCUUGGCAUCCAAAGCCAACUGUUAUUUCUUCCUGGGCGAUAAAUUUAACAUCGCACACUUCGAGCUGCGUUGGGUGCCAGACGUAAAUUAUCAUGAAUUACCAAAACCAGCGAAAGACGCCGAUUUCCCAGAAAAGACAGACAACCGGUUGUCUGAAACAACCACUGCCGAUACAACAGCAAAAGAAACCGGAGGCGAUUCGUACCCAGGCACUGCGACCAUUGACAUUCGGUACUCGGGGUAUGGGAACGAGGUUGAACUUCUGAAGAAAGUGUUCGAUGACACUGGGAAGAUUCUGAAAAUCCUGGAAGGUAACAUUCGGCUAGCGUGCACCGAUCCACUCAUGAAACACGCCAACAAGAUGAGGCCUGGUGAGAACCAGGAGUUACAGCUUCGUGUUGUCCUGAGGUCGAGUUACAAGGUAAGAAAAAUGUGGUGAGAAGUGCUCACAUUUUCACAAACACAAACGCGCAAACGCAAACUUGAAUGGCUUGUUCCCUCUAUUAGACGUACCCGCAGGUAAUCAUGGUAGUUGUAUUCAUCAAAACAAAUAUCCAGUCCAAGGUGAUGAAUACAACUACCAUGAUUUUCUGAAUACACGUCUUAUAGAGGGAAUUGGCCAUUAAAAGUGCUUUACGACAGAUAAGCCUAAGCUCCCCCUGUCGCAAAAGCAAUAAGGGGUUGUCUUUCAAUAUGUAGCUUUGUCCCCACCUUGUCGUCCUGCAAACAUUUCCCCGCAACUUUUUUCAUGUCUGAUGCCAAUCCUUGCCGGUAACCUGACCAGAAAUGCUUGCGCUGCUGGCUACUACGCCGUCGCGCAAGUGUAAUGGGGACACUUUAGGUUUGGUUGACAAGCACCUGUUGACCCCCCACUUAAUGUUGGAAACGUGGGGCAUUUUUCAACUAAAAUCAUUUUCUCCUUUACAAGUGAGGAGGAGGACGGAGACGUGUUAAGUGUGGCAAAGCUAAAAAAGCUAGUAAAGCUUGUUGAACUAGUGAUGGAUAGUGUUUAUUGUUGGUGUGGACAUUUCUUUCUUGCCUCACAGGCUGCAUUUUUAUUAGCAGCACCAAUUCUUAGCGGCAGCUGUUAGGGAAGGGAUGGGGAUGGAAGGCGUAUUAAAGUCUGACACAUCCUAGUGAGCUCUCCUUCCCUUCACCACCCACUCUAGCUACUCUAAGAGCUGCCAAGAGAGUUUGUUGCUUUAGACAAAAUCGUGUUUAAAUAAAAGAUUGUUGUUGUUGCUAUUGAUCGCAGGCUAGCACUGAAAAGGGUUCAAGUCCUUGAGAACCCUGAACCCUGAGAACCCUCUUUGCUAUGUGUGUUCGCGCAAAGCGCUCUUUGAAUGAUUGUCUUUAGGUUAAGGAACCUGACUAAGGUCUUUGUUGCAUGUUUUUGUUGGCUAUUUUGGGGAUUGACCCUGCACAAAACCUGGCGAAAUACAAAACGUGGUUAUGUGGGCUCAUACAACUAACCAAUAGAAGCAUUGCGAUGAUGUAAUUCAGGCAUAGUCAGUGAGUAUAACA